CCAACCUGGUGUUAAGCGGUUACCGGGGCCCAUGGACAUUAGCAAUAUAAAUGCCACCACCCACCGCUGAAAUGGAAACGCAUUACUGCUUCACGGCAGAAAUAGGCAGGGUGGUGGUACCUACCCGUGCGCACUCCCAAGAGGUCCUACCACCAGUAAUAGAAAGGAAAGUUAGGUAAUCCGGGCGCCUUAAUAACAGAAAUCGAUAUAGUUACUUGAGAGCGCCGCGUAGGGCACUGGUGACCACAUGGCAGCCAAAGGGUUAAUGAAGGUCGUGUCUUUGAAAUUUGACCGUGGCAUGUCUCGUGAGUUGUCUCCACCUCGUCCGGUCCUUAGCUUCUCGUAGGGCGGUUGCGACAGCCCAGUUAGGGUAGUUAUUUGGUCACACCAACGCAAAUUUUGCGGGUUUUGAGUUUUUGCGGGUCUGUGGCGAAUUAUUAUUGUACCUAUCUAGAGCCACUGGCAGCGUUUACUACACAUUACUAUAGCGCAGACACGUGUGUGGUAAAAAAAUCUAGUAGGUAGAAAAAUCUCUUAAUAUGUACAACGACUUCCACCGCUCAGCGACUGCCCGAAAACUUAUGAAAAUAUACAUAUAAUUAUCGAGAUAAAACCCUAAAAUGAGUGGAGUCUAAUUAGCAUAGCUUUUUUUACCGAAUUAUACUUUUGGAUAAAAAAAAUUCUUACGAUUAUUCUUGACAAUAUCUCCAAUAAACGAAAUCGAACGAAAAUCGUUAAUAUUAUUGUAAGCUUUUAACUUUGAUUAUCAGUGGCUAAAUAAAUAAUUUAUACGUCAUUUAAAUUCGAUGAAUAGACAAAAAACGUGGAUCGGGAGUUCAUUUCUCCAUAUAGGCUAAUAAGAAACUCAAUUACUCAGCCUUUUUAAUCAAAUACAAUCUUCUUUCACACAUUGUCAGUUAAACACAAAAAUUCAGACACCAAUUUAAUUGCCAAUUGGUAUACUUAUUGUUAAUUGCGACUGCGUUUACGACUGAUUCGAUAAAAUAAAUGAGCAAGAUGAAGCGACACAUCGAUGAACCGAAUAUGAGCGACACCACGAUCCUCAUGAAAUUAGAGGAUUUGAUUAACAUAGCAAUGGGACCGCCUGAGAAAAACAUCAUUAAUUACAAAAUGAUUCAAACAGUAUUGCACAUAUUAGCACGUCAAAUGCGUAUGUUGGAAACUCACGUGGAAGUUAGGAUCAGGGAGCAUUCCCCUAUUAGGGAGAAGACUAAAAAGAAGAGAGAAGAUUUUUCAACUGAAAGCUCUUCUUCUAAGAGUCCUAAAAGUAAAAGGGCGGGCGAUGCCAAGGAAGAGGGCAGGAGAAGAAGCGGAUCUAGAAGGGGUUCUCGUGAGAGAGGGAAGGAAAAAGUUUUGUCCCCGCAGGGAAAAGAAAUAAAAGAUCAAAUCGAAGGUAGUGCUCCUAAAGAUAAAGACGAAAAAGGCGUAAUGUCUAAAGAUAAGAAAGGAAAAGACUCAGAAGCGGAUAAGUCGGCUGCAAAAGAUGACAAAUUGGAUAAAAAAGAAAAGAAAAAGCACGAAAAAGGCAAAGAUUCAAAAGAAACCGGGAAAAAAGUUGAGAAAGUAAUAGGUAAAGAUAAAGAGGACGAAAGUGACAAAAAAGACGAUUCUUCCAGCCCGAGAGAUCAUGCUAAAACUGGACACGUUCCUUCUACUACCAGUAUUGAAGUUACAGAAGUGGAGAGAGACAAAGAAAAAGUGUUAUUAGUGGAAAGGGGACCUAUUUUCAGAAUUGAGUCACGUCCGCGUGUCGGGAGUAUCGAAGUUGUGACAAUAACCCAGUUUGCUAGACUGGAAGCCGAGGUUAAAGACUUGAGAGCUUUAGCGUCGCCACUACCAACGCCCACGAUUCCGGAUAAUGAAAAAAUUAAGACGGGAAUUAUAAAGGGUACGGCUUCACUCACGGAGAUGAUGAAGACUAUGCAGGUGUCCGCGAGAAUUCAAGCCGCGGAGCAAGCGGUUAGUCGAAUGGCAGACCUAUUAACGCAGCUGGCAUCAGUAGGAGCCAUCCCCCAGGAGCUGGUAAAAGCUAUUCGGGACAUGAAGGCGGAAGCGGACCGGGCGGCCGCCGCUGGUGAGUCGGCAGGCGGUCCUAGGAAAUCUGUAGCGAUAGAAUCUGCAGACAGUCCAGAGUCUACUGCGACGCAGCCGUCGAAGAUGACCGAUACCAGACCGAGCGUGGAUUCCAAGACGUCUGCGACUUCUGUCACAGCGCAGCCAGUCACUCGGAAGGAGAUGGACGAUAUGUUAGAAAGCCUCAAAGAAGAAUUAAUGAAAAACAUGCAUCAUAUGUCGGCGAAGGCUGCUUCUUCGGCAGAUACAGCUGCUUACACUGCGAAGAACGUUGCUGACAAGCUGGGAACAGCGUUAGCGGUCAAUACUCGCCUGAACACACUGCAUUCGCUUGUGGCCGAUUAUUCCGAGCAACUAUCGGGAUUCGAUGCCGGAUUAACAACUCAGAUGCAAAGCUUCAAAGAGCAAAUUGUUCAGAUCGAUUCGGAUCUCAAGAACGGAUUGAAACUAAUGGAAAAGGCUAACAAUAGUGGCGAAACAGCCGCUAUAAUGGAAUUGACUGAGCGCUACGAGGGUCUCGUCUCCGACUUGGAACAGACUACUAGUGCUCAUCAGGGUCUCACCCAUACACAAGCGCAGCUUGAAGAUCAACUACAAAAAAUGCUGGAAUGCAUUGAAAUGCUGCGCGAGCAGAAGGCUGAUCGCGAUGAGGUUGCGGACGGUCUUAGGGAUAAGGCGGAUAUCUCACGGCUUGCGGGCUUGUUGUCCGAAUUAGACUUCGCACAGGCCCGAUCUGAACUCGAACGGCGUUUGGAGCUCUGCCAUGAAAAGUUCAACAAGCAGGAAGCGGUUUGGAUGGGCGCCAUCAGUGACCUCACAUCGGUCAUGGAGAGUAAGGCGCAGUUGAUGCAGCUACUGUCCACCAAAGAUGAAGUUCAGCAGCGUCUCGAGGAGCUGCAGGAGAAGCUGCGUAAGCUGGCCGUUUUACUUGGAGACCCGAAGGCGGCGAUGUUGACUCGCAAGCUGUGCCGCGAUGCGACGUGCGGGGCGUGCAUGGCGCCCGCGCUCAUGGAGCUUGAGGACGCCAACUUCGGAGCGCCUCCCCCCCUACCCGCUCUGCAUCCGGCCCCCGCCGCCCCCAUCGACGACAUAUGCUUCGACGACUUUAAACCUGAAGAUCACAAAGCCCGUCACAUUUGCCACCGCUGGGUCGGCGGCUCUCACACUCUGAUCUCGGGGGCCGGCACGAGGGGGACGGCGCCCCCCGUGGGCCUCAACGCGGCUCCCACCAAGAAAUACACCGGCUACGGAAUGGACGGACGUUUGUAUAUGCUGGAAGAAGAGUUACUGCCGUGCUUGGAGUGCAAUGCUUUGAAUAUAGAAAAGGAGGAUGCGACUUCUGUGCCCGGUCCCCGCGAGACUGGGGCUGGAGACCAAGGGAGCAACCCACUCUCAACAAUACAACCAAAAACAGUGGAAAUUUAAAAUUGAGUUUAUUUUUUUUGGAUAUGUUCAAUAAAAACGAUAUUUGUUUUAUAUUGCUUUCAUUUAUUCGUAAAAAAAUAAAUAAAUAAUUUAUUACAUUAAAAUUAGCGUAUUUACAGCGGUUUUUCUUACGUGAAUUAAAUAAAUAUUAUUAUUAUUAUUAUACGUUGAUAAUCUUGUAAUUUUAGAGUUUAAAUUAAUAAUUAGUGCGGAGCUGAAGAGCUUUCAUACAUUUUGUUCCGAUUAAUUAAAUAGUGAGAAAAAGUCUAUUCUGAAAUGUGGCUCUAAAAAUAUUAGAAUAAAAAAAGAGUGUAAUCUGUAAACAUUCUCAUUUGUAAUUUCACGUUAAUUUUUUUAAUACAAUAAAUAUUAAAACGUUAAUUAUAUCACUUUAAUAUGAAAAAUUUCAAAUAAACUUGUCAAUAAAUUGUAUUAAUUUAGAUAAA